AAUCCUGAAUCACCGAACUCGGCAGCCCCAACCCAACUCGGCUGAACUCAGCCUACCCGAAUCCGAUCCGAGACUCUCCGCUCCCUGGGCUUGCACCGGCUCUCUGAUCCUAGCAUCCUCUUCAAUUCCAGCGAGAAUGCUGUGGCAGGCACUUCGCAGAUUUGGUCAAAAGCUGGUACGCAGACGUACGCUGGAGCCAGGCAUGGCGGAGACUCGCCUUGCCAGAUGCCUGAGCACUGUGGAUUUAGUGGCCCUAGGUGUGGGCAGCACAUUGGGUGCAGGCGUGUAUGUGCUGGCUGGCGAGGUGGCCAAAGAUAAAGCAGGACCCGCCAUUGUGAUCUGCUUUUUGGUGGCUGCUCUGUCUUCUGUGUUGGCUGGGCUGUGCUAUGCGGAGUUUGGUGCCCGGGUGCCCCGUUCUGGUUCUGCAUAUCUCUACAGCUAUGUCACUGUGGGUGAGCUCUGGGCCUUCACCACUGGCUGGAACCUCAUCCUCUCCUAUGUCAUCGGUACAGCCAGUGUGGCCCGGGCCUGGAGCUCUGCUUUUGACAACCUGAUUGGGAAUCACAUCUCCGAGACUCUGAAGGGGACCGUCUCACUGCAUGUGCCCCAUGUCCUUGCAGAGUACCCAGACUUCUUUGCUAUGGGCCUUGUGUUGCUGCUCACUGGAUUGCUGGCUCUGGGGGCGAGUGAGUCGGCUCUGGUUACCAAAGUGUUCACAGGGGUGAACCUUUUGGUUCUCGGAUUUGUCAUCAUCUCUGGCUUCAUCAAGGGGAAUGUGCACAACUGGAAGCUCUCGGAAAAGGAUUAUGAGUUGGCCAGGACUAAACUCAAUGACACCUCUAGCUUGGGCCCUCUGGGCUCUGGAGGAUUUGUGCCUUUCGGCCUCGAGGGGAUCCUCCGUGGCGCAGCUACCUGUUUCUAUGCAUUUGUUGGUUUCGACUGUAUUGCUACCACCGGGGAAGAGGCCAAGAAUCCACAGAGUUCCAUCCCCAUGGGCAUUGUGAUCUCACUGUUGGUCUGCUUUUUGGCGUAUUUUGGUGUCUCUUCGGCACUCACCCUCAUGAUGCCUUACUACCUGCUGAAGCCUGAGAGCCCUUUGCCUGAGGCAUUUCUCCGUAUCGGAUGGGCCCCUGCCCACUACGUUGUGGCUGGUGGCUCCCUCUGUGCUCUUUCUACCAGCCUCUUGGGCUCUAUGUUCCCCAUGCCUCGGGUGAUCUACGCAAUGGCAGAGGAUGGCCUUCUGUUCCGUGUCCUUGCCCGCAUCCACACCGGCACACACACCCCCAUCCUGGCCACUGUGGUCUCUGGCGUGAUUGCAGCAUUCAUGGCAUUCAUCUUUAAACUCACGGAUCUUGUGGACCUCAUGUCAAUUGGGACCCUGCUUGCUUACUCCCUGGUAGCUAUCUGUGUUCUCAUCCUCAGGUAUCAGCCUGACCAGGAGGUGAAGACUGGGGACGAAGAGGAGUUGCAGGAGGAGAAGACACCUGGAACAGAGAAGCUGACCCUUCAGGGACUGUUUUGCCCAGUCAAUUCUAGCCCCACCGCACUCUCUGGUCAAGUUGUCUAUGUUUGUUCCUCACUGCUUGCUCUAUUGCUGACUCUCCUUUGCCUGGUGUUGGCCCAGCGGCCAGUUCCACUGCUUUCUGGAGACCCAGUGUGGAUUGCAGUGGUUGUAUUGCUCCUAGUGCUCAUUACUGGAAUUACUGGGAUCAUCUGGAAACAGCCACAGAGUUCCACUCCCCUUCACUUUAAGGUGCCUGCUUUGCCUCUCCUCCCACUCAUGAGCAUGUUUGUGAAUGUUUACCUUAUGAUGCAAAUGACAGCUGGAACCUGGGCCCGAUUUGGGGUCUGGAUGCUGAUUGGGUUUGCUAUCUAUUUCGGCUAUGGAAUCCGGCACAGCCUGGAAGGGAUUAAGAGUGACAAACCCUCACUUAAGUCUAGGGCUAAUAUUCUAGACCUUGAUCUUAGCGGUUCCUGUACCCAUUAGAUUUGACAUCAUCACACCUGAAUGCUGUCUAGUCCCCCUCACAAUAAAGGAGCGUGCUCUUGACCCCAGAGAUGCUCUAGCCCUCCCUUGUGAUGUUGUUGGGGAAUACUAAUUGAGCUCUGUAUUUAUCUUGGAGUAAAGGAUGUGUCUUUGCUCUUUCUUGUCUGCUUUUUUUUUUUA